GAGUCAAAGGCCAUCAUAUGAGGAGGAAGAGGUAAGACAAGAGAGGAGAAAGCUAACAUUGUAAACAGUGGCGGGCCAAAUAGCAUUUUAAGGAAAGACGGAGAAGGAAAGAAAGUCAGAAACGAUGGUAAGGACUGAUAGAUGUAAGAAACUGUGUACAUGUAAAGAGAAACCUUUGGACCCGGAAAAGCCUGGAGGAAUGGAAAGAAUAGACGUGGAUUGCAGUCCUUCUUUAUUGCUGAAUAUUGCCCUUGCUCUGCAACAUGUGUUGGUGUUGUCCUCUCUGUGUGCAUUGGUUGUGAGUGCACUAAUUCAGGACGUAGACAAGGAAAGAAUAGUGGCCCAUGUACUCUUUUACUCGGGUGUAGCUACACUACUGCAGAGCUGGAUUGGAUCACGUUUGCCAUUGAUCCAGGCUCCAUCUUUGGACUUUCUGAUCCCUGCCCUAGUGCUGCUUUCUACUCAGUCAGGGACUCCUAUGGCCUGCAGAGGUCAGUGUAUUGAAGCAGAGGAGCCUGUGGCCCCAGCACACCCAAUAAGAGAGUUGAGAGGCAUGACUCUGGUUGCAGGUAUUGUGCAGUUCGCCGUGGGUUUCACUGGUCUGAGUGGGUUUGCAUUGGGACAUUGUGGACCAUUAGUUCUGGCCCCUGUCCUUUGCAUUUUGGGAUUUUCCAUCUACAGAGAGGCAGCGCUGCUUUGUUCUGACCAUUGGGGCAUGGCUACACUGGCAGUUAUUCUUCUCAUGAUCCUCUCUCAGUAUCUGCACUCCUUUCUGCGGCUGUCUGUGUUCUCUGUCUCCAGGAGACUCUCUGUACUUCUAUCUGUGAUGGUGAGCUGGGCCGUUUGUGCCGCACUGGUGCGGUGGGGUCACGUCCAUCUUACCUCUGUGACCCAGAUGUUCUCAACAAUCAGAAACACCACCUUCAUUCAGUCCACCAACAGUCCACACUCAUCUGACUUUGUCUUUCCUAAUGAAUCUGUACCCUGGCUGGACUUUCCUCUUCCUGCCUCAGUACUCCCUCUGCUGUCUGGAAAGAGCAUUGCAGCAGGAGUGGCUGCAGGCUUGUCUGCAAGCAUUAGCUCUCCAGCUGUGUACGUGAUGGCAGCUCGGCUCCUAAAGGCUCCUGUGCCCCCAGCACAUGCCUGUAACAGGGGCCUGUGUGUAGAUGGCAUGGGAAGUGUGAUCGCUGGCCUGAUGGGGGCGCCACUAGGACUGUGCAGCAGUGUGUCUAAUGCAUGUGUUAUUGGGCUCAGCCAGUCUGGGUCCCGGAGCACAGUGCAGCUGGCCGGGGUGUUGUUGUUAAUUCUGGGUGUGUCUCCUCAAUUAGCGCAGAUGCUCUGCUCUGUCCCUCUGGCCAUACAUGGUGCUGUGCUCAGUGUGACCUACGCACUUGCUGUAGCAACAGGCAUAGCUUAUUUACAACAUGCUGACGUGGAUUCAGGACGCAACAUUUUCAACAUCGGCUUCACAAUGUUCAUGUCAUUAGCACUGCCACGCUGGUUCAGACUUCACCACAGUUUUAUACAAACAGGUGUUGCCAGUGUUGACGUUCUUCUUCAGUCUCUUGUAACCUUGCCGGUUUUCUUUGUGGGGGUUUUGGCUUUUCUUCUAGAGCACACGGUUUCAGGGACUUUGUCUGAGAGGGGUUUGGCUAGACAUGACGGCACAAAGAAGAUUCUGUCACUCGCUGAUCAGGGAUUCAGCCCAAGUCCAGACGCCAUGUACGACCCGCCUCGGCCUGUGAUGAAAGUGCUGGAGCUGACGGGCUUCAGGACCGUCCUCUUCUGUGCCUGCAGAAGCCCAACUGUUGAAGAGGUGCUGGUGACAGUACCAGAGAUGUCUAGCUUAUUACCUGACAAGGACGCCCGUGUUGGCAGUGGCUGAAUUCUUGCAGUUCAGUCCAUAUUUUAUUUUAGUUUUCAAAUUGUAUUUAACUUGUCUCUUUCUGGAUUGCUUUUUAUAAAUUGUAUUACGUUUAUGACUGGUACAGUCUUCUAUGACUCAAAGGCCCCCCACUGUCCAACACAACUUUUGAUUAAUUUAUUUAUUAAGUCAUUUUUAUUAAGUUAGAUUGUUUAAACGUAUUAAUAAUAUGUUAAUUUGGCAUUCCCUGAUUGAGAACCAUGGUUUGUU